AUGAGCGGAGCCAGCACUAGCACGCUCCAGGGCCGGGAGUUCGCGGGAAACCGGCUGUAGACAGGCUACAAUCUUAAUCGGGCUCGGGAUUAAACAACCGCUUUGCGUUGCUAAAUCAGGUUGUCAUCGAUUGAUCCAUUAUGAACCAUUACGAUUGAAAACGGAGCGGUGACACAGCCUAAAAACAUCGCUGCCCCUGAGUGCUAUGCUAACAUUCGACGCUAGUUAGCUGGGUUGUCACAUUGGCUAACGGGGACGUUGUGCUUCAUGCUACUGUGCAGGGAAACAACUGCUCACUAGAAAAAGAGACAAAGGGGGAGCCGCUGUCAGCCACGAGAGAUACACUGUUAAAAUGAGUCUGUUCAAUUUAGACCGUUUUCGUUUCGAUAAGAAGGCAGCGACGACAACGGACAAAGACCAGGAGAGCGGGUCCAAAAGUCCCGAGUCUGAGAAGGAGAACAAGCCAGCUCAGAUGAAAACGGUCAAAGGUCCACCAAAGUCCCAUGCCCGAGGAGUGGUUUUUGAGGAAGUCAUUACGGUUGAUUUAGAGGAGGAUGAGCCAAAAACCAAAAUAUCAUCAACAAGGAAAUCCAUGGACCCUGUAGCGAAAUCAUCUAAAAAUGUGGUAACAGAUCAUACAGACGAUGAGGACAACGAUCUGGAGGAAAAAACGAACAGACUACUAGAGAUGUUUCCUCAGCUGAAGAGGAAGGAGCUAAUGGAGGUCAUUGGAAGCACAAGCACAUUGGAAGGGGCUGUAGCUGCAUGCCUGAUGAAGUUUGGUGAUAAAGAAGACAAAGGCAGAAAGAGAAAGCCGGAUGGAUCCAGCAGCUCUCAGGACAGCGGUGAGAUUCAACCCAGCAAGAAGAGGAGACCAUCAGUGAAAACAAAUUCUGAUGAAGAAGAGGAUGAAGGUAAAGAACCAAGCUGGGAGAAGCAGGAGGCCAUGGUUAGAAGACUGCAGAAGAAGUUUCCUGACCAGGACAAGGAGGAGCUGCGGAUGGUGCUGCAGGAACAUGACUGGAAUGUCGAGGAUGCUCUUCAGGUUCUUCAAAUGUUCUCAGAUCCAGAUAAUACUAGCUUCAGCUCACCUGAGUCAGAGGAGAAGAAAUCCAGCAAAUCAAAGAGCAAAGACAACUCAGACGGGGACCACAGAAAGUCGAAGCGCCAUAAAAAUCAUGGAGACAGUAAAAACAAGAGAGAUCGUAAGCAUUCCAAAGACCAUAGAAACGUCAGUGAAACGGAUGGGGACAGUACGGAUGCUACAAAGGACAGUGAAGACACAGACUCAGAAGAAAGCGACGGGUCCAAAAACAAAAGUAGCACUUCCACUCUGUCUUCAUGGCUUAAAAAAAGUUCUGAUUCAGUGUCUUCAUCCUCUUUGAAGAAAACGACUACCUCUUCAUCCCAGAAGCCGUCCUCCUCCUCCACCUCCUCUGCUGCCCAGAUGAUGUCCAGAUUUGCCAGUGGGACGAGUAUAGCCAAGAAGGAGGCAGCAGAGAGAAAGAGGAAAGCACGUGCUUCAGAUGAACACGUCAGUUCUGAGGGGGAAAAUGACUAUGAAGAGGACACGGUUAGCAGUGAGUUUGAGGACUCGGAUGAUGAGCUGGACUCUACAGGUGGCAUGACGGAAAUGAAGAAAGAGAUCCUCAGUUUCUUCCAGGAGGCGUCAAUAGAUGAGCUGUCACUGAUUGCUGGGUGCUCUGUUAAAAAAGCCCAGAAGAUUGUGGAACUGAGACCCUUUGAUAAAUGGCAAAGCCUGGUCGAUGCCUUUAAUAAGGAUUAUGGACUGUCAGAGGACUUAUUGCUGGGCUGCAGAGUCGUCCUCAAAGAGCGGAAGGUUGUCCUGGGGCUCAUGUCAAAAUGUGAGACCAUUUCUUCAAAAAUGGUCAAACAGGUCACCAUGAUGAUGGAAAAGGGCACAGCGGCCACAAAACAGCCCAGUGUUCUCAACAGCCAAUUUCAGCUGAAACCUUAUCAAAUGAUUGGUCUCAAGUGGCUGCUUCUUCUGCAUGAACACAACCUGAGUGGUAUCCUGGCUGAUGAAAUGGGUUUGGGAAAAACAAUCCAAGCUAUAGCGUUUCUGGCCCAGUUGUACCAGAAUGGAAUAGAUGGUCCUCACCUCAUCACUGUGCCAUCUUCUACACUGGAUAACUGGGUCAGAGAGCUCAAGCUGUGGUGUCCAAGCCUCAAAGUUCUAGUUUAUUAUGGCUCUGUAGAGGACCGCCGCUACCUCAAACACGACAUCCUCAAUGAAGAUGUUGAGUUCAAUGUCAUUGUGACCACGUAUAACUUGGCCAUUGGAAACGACAGCGACCGCAGCCUUUUCCGUAAGCUGCGUCUGAAGUAUGCUGUGUUUGAUGAAGGUCACAUGCUGAAGAACAUGAACUCUCUGCGCUACCGCCACCUCAUGGCUAUUAACGCAGAGCAUCGCUUGCUGCUGACAGGAACUCCCUUACAGAACAACCUCUUAGAGUUGAUGUCUCUCCUGAACUUCAUCAUGCCUUCUAUGUUCUCCAACUCUACUACACAGCUCUCCAAAAUGUUUUCUAUGAAAUCCCACGAGGAGCAGAGCCGUUUCGAGAGGGAUCGCAUUUCUCAGGCCAAACUCAUCAUGAAGCCUUUUAUACUCCGAAGAGUCAAGAGCGAGGUCCUCAAGCAGCUGCCAGCCAAGGAAGAGAAGGUCGAGUUCUGCUCAAUGAGUGAGAAACAGCAGGUUCUCUACCAGAAACUCUUAAAAAAACUCAAGGCCUCCACCAACGGCGAGAAGCGUGAGUUGUGUAAUGUGAUGAUGCAGUUAAGGAAGAUGGCCAACCACCCUCUGCUUCAUAGACAGUACUACACCACAGAGAAGCUCAAAGCCAUGAGUAAACUCAUGCUCAAGGAGCCAACUCACUUUGACGCAGACGCAGCUCUGAUCCAGGAAGACAUGGAAGUGAUGUCAGACUUUGAGCUGCAUCGUCUCUGUCAGCAAUACACCUCCAUCAGCUCCUACCAGCUUGAAACCAAUCUUCUGCUCGACUCCGGGAAGUUCCAUCACCUCACCGGGCUGCUGGCUUCACUCAAGGACCAGGGAAACCGAGUGGUUUUAUUCAGUCAGUUCACCAUGAUGCUGGACAUUGUGGAAGUACUGCUGAAACAUCUGAAGCAUCGCUACGUUAGACUGGACGGAUCCACACCCAUAGCAGACAGGAUUGUGUUGAUCGAUGAGUUCAACACGGACCCUGACAUAUUUGUGUUCCUGUUGUCAACACGUGCCGGCGGCCUCGGCAUUAACCUCACCUCAGCUAAUGUUGUGAUCUUACAUGACAUUGACUGCAAUCCCUACAAUGACAAACAGGCUGAGGACAGAUGUCACCGUGUAGGUCAGACCAGGACUGUGCAAGUGAUAAAGCUGAUCAGUAAGGACAGCAUAGAGGACUGCAUACUGCAGCUGGGCCAGAAGAAACUCAAACUGGAGCAGGACAUGACCACCGCUGAACAGGGUGGUGAGGGGAACAUACCUGAAGAUAUGGCAUCUUUGCUCAGAGCCUCACUGGGACUGUGAUACGCAAACACGUGAAACUUGACUGUACAAAUACAUUUUAAAGGCAUUUUUGUGAUUCUGGGCAGACUUGAGUGUUCUGAUCGAACACACACAUUAGUGUCUAUACUGGAAAAUUACUGAAAACCAUAUGCUGCCAUGGAGAAAAAAAAAAAAAAAAUCUGAUAUUGAGAUCUCAUCUCAUGUGUAGCAUGGUAGCUGUGCCUAAAACACUAUUUUUACAUGCACACAGGUUUUGCUCUUACUUUGACCAAGAGACCAGUAUACAUAGGCUAGGCAAAAAUUUUGCCUUUUUAUAUAUUCAGCACUCCACAUGUUAUGCGAGGGUCUCAAACUGUAAACAGAACAUGGUGUUUUAGAAGUUCAGACCGAACCACCAGUAAUGCAGCAUAUGUUGGAAGGCAGCAUUGAACUUUUGAUACCCUGGAUAUUACGACUGAAAUAAAGUAUCAUAAUUUAAGUUCACAUAUCCAUGUCAUGUGAACACAGUCUUAUAUUAUUCAUGAUCAGAUAAAGGUACUGUAUGUUUGUAAGGAUAAUGACUGAAAAAGUUUAAUUUCAGUCUUAAAAUUUAGCAUGGAAAUUGUGCUUGCAUACCUGCAGAGGUGGUGUAAGGAGUAUAGUAGAUUUUUACCAUCUUUCUUAUGUGACAGUGUAACAUCUUGCCUGUUCCUCUUAAAAAAACAAACAAAAAAAAAAAUGUUUACACCCAAACUUCUUUUGCUGCCAUGAUCCAUAACAACAUUUUUUAAGAGCAGCAGGUAGGACAACUCUACAGAAAAUGUUGAUUUCUUCUUCUACGACCAAUACAGAACACUUUUUGACAGUUGUGGUUGCAUCAAAAAGUUAGCCAAGUAUUUGGUAAAUUGUAUUCACUGUCACUAUAUGUGUAACAUGUGGAGUUUCAUCCUGAUUUCAUAGUUGAAGUCUAACUCUGUUACCAUCUGUGAAAUUGAUGAGUAAAGGCAGCCUGAUUGGUUUCUAUUGACAUGGUUGUUUGGGUGUGGUCCAUGCAUUUAACAUACAGUCAUUACAGUUUUAUAGUAUGGAAAACAGUAUUCAAGUACAAAAAUAUAAGAUGAUUGGUUCUUUUGCUGUUUUUAUUCCUCAAAAUAUCUUAAGCCAGGUGACACAAAGAUAAUGAUGAUUUGAGGAAGCAGCUGCUACAUUGAUGCACUGUAUGAUUGCGUAUUGUCUUGUAAGUGUACACGUGUUGCUGUAAAAGCUUUUACUAAGUAAUUUGUAUGUUUUUUUUAGGUUCGAGUUUGAACUAAAUAAUAAAGAUUUCAAUAAAUA